UUGCAGGAGGUCAGACUAGAUGAUCAUAAUGGUCCCUUCUGAUCUUGAAUUCUAUGAUUCUAUGACUCCCACCGCACCAUCUGCCUCCCCUGCGUGCUGCCAUGUUGGCUGUGGGAUGGUCAAAACACCGGUGCCAUCACAUUGGUCCAGAGCAGUGUGAGCACCCUCAUCUUAUUUCCUUUUGUGGUAUUGGGAGCAAGGAAAUAAUGCCUCUCCCAUCACCACUAAUACCCUUUUCCCUUGGGGUGGAGGGGUCAUCUUCCUGGUUACUAAAACCAAAGCCACUGGGUGUGCAAGGGCCCUGCCAUGAGCUCAUGGGAUCAGAAGGGGAAUGGAGGCCUUCUUGGAGAGUGGAUUCCAAAGGUGGGUGAGUGUUGGUGCUGGAGUCACUGGUAUUUUGACUGGUUGGUGUGUUACAUGUCCCCAACCUCCAUAGCCUGUGAGUCUGUUACAGGCCCAGCUGCGGAGCCUGCCUCUUUAGCUCAAGCAGUAUCAGUUUAUGCUUUAAAAUGUGGAGGCCUUGAUUCAGUCCCUGCUGGGUCAGCCUCAUGUAUGCCCAUGUGGUCAGAUACCAGUGGCUUGGGGAGGAGGUUCAGAGAGAGGGUCAUGUGGGACUGGGAUUGUGUAACAUGUGGCCGAGACUAUGCAUGGUUCUGUCUAGUUAGACCCUGAGCUAUGGCAGACAGAGGGUUAGUCUGAGGCCUGCAGUGCCCCCAGUCCUUCCACUGGAGCCUCUGGGUGCUGCCACAACACUGCCAUGGGGUUGAAGCUUCCCUGGGUACAGCCAUUUUAGUCUGUGGAAGAGAAGUUGGCUGAAGACCACCAUAUUAUUCGCUGCCAGGCAUUGAUGCAGGAUGCUGCCAUCUUAGUUUCUGGGACAGAACAUGUUCUGAAUGCUGCGAUCUUGGUUGCCGGAACGGAAGGUGCCCGAGCGGCCGCCAUUUUAGAUCGUGUAAUAGAAGCUACCUAAUACGUCGCCACCUUGGAUUCUGGAUUGGAAGCUACCCAAGGAGCCGCCAUCUUGAGUCCUGGAAUGGAGGAUGCUUGAAGUGCAGCUUGCAGGGGGGUAACAACGCGGCCCACACCGGGUGGUGGGGCUGGUCGAGUACAACUUCCACCUGCUGCCCAGCGGGGUCUUGAACCGCCAUGCCACCUCCUUCCUCGCCUGUGACCCUGCUGCUGGGUGUCUUUCCAGGAAAUGGAGUGGUCAUCCAUCUGCCGGGACUCUUUGAAGAAGCUGAGAAGAACCUUAAGAAAGGGCCUGGUCUGGAGGGCUGGGAGUCCCGCACGGUGAUCUCAGAUAGAGCUCACAUUGUGUUCGAUUUCCACCAGGCUGUGGAUGGGAUCCAGGAGCAGCAGCAGCAGCAGGAUGGCAAGAACCUGGGCACCACCAAGAAGGGCAUCGGCCCCGUCUAUGCCUGCAAGGCUUCCCGCACUGGCCUGCGCAUCUGUGACCUGCUGGCCGACUUCCACGAGUUCUCCAAGAAGUUCAGGGUGCUAGCCCAGCAGUACAAGGCCAUGUACCCGGCUCUCACCAUCAACACAGAGGCCGAGCUGCAACAGCUGAAGGUCUAUGCUGAAAGGAUCCGGCCCCUGGUGAAGGAUGGUGUCUAUUUCAUGCACCAGGCCCUGCACGGGCCCCCCAAGAAGAUCCUGGUGGAAGGAGCCAAUGCUGCACUGCUAGGUAUCCAACUUCAGGACAUACCCAUUCGUGACAUCCUCGAACUGCACAGUGGGGGGCGUCUGCACAGGCCUGGGCAUCCCACCUUGCCACAUCGGGAAGGUGUACGGGGUGGUGAAGGCCUAUGCCACCCAGGAGAUUGGGGAACUGCUGCAGUCACGGGGCCAAGAAUUUGGCGUCACCACAGGCCGCAAACGCCGCUGCGGGUGGCUAGACCUGAUGCUGCCUGGCGCUCACCAAGCUGGAUAUCCUGGACACCUUCUCGGAGAUUAAGGUGGACGUGGAAUACCGAUUGGAGGGGAAACCCAUCGCCUACUUCCCAGGAGCUGCCAAACAAGGUGUCGGUGGGCUACGAGACGCUGGCAGUGCAGCACAGAGCAGGCCCGCAGUUUUGCCGACUUGCCUCCGCAAGCCCAGAGCUAUGUCCACUUCAUCAAGCGCUACCUCGGGGUGCCAGUGAAGUGGGUCGGUGUCGGGAAGUUCCGCGAAUCCAUCAAGAUUUUCUGAGCCUCCCUGGAUGUCCUUCAGUUGCAGGGGCUCUGCCCCAGGACAACCCCUGACACACAGACCCUCAGCAAAGGAUCACAGGGACCACGUGCCUCUCAUUCUGCCCUGCACCUCCCCGCGCUUUGGAGGGCUCCACCGCUCCUGGGAGAGAGUGAAUUGUAAUUUCACUCUGCCCCCCAGUGCUGCCCAUGCUGGGGAGCCCCGGCCUGUGGUUUACAUGCCACACUCUGCUCCCCCAUGCUGGAGGCUGGACUAUGCGGCUCCCCUCCCCCUCCCUCCAGGACUGUGCCAGGCGGGCUGUGCUCGCUCCGCAUGGGGGGCCACAACCCAAACCCAGCUCCUGCUCCACCUGUCACUCCUGCCCCCCAUGGGGGCAAAGAUCACCUGCCCUUCCCCACUGGGCACCCCUGUCUCCUCUCCCCCAUGCCUGGAUCUCCCUGUUCUGCCCCCUGCUGUGGGCAGUCUCACAGCUGCUUUUUCACUGUAUAGAAAUAGCUAUAAAGAGCCAUGAUUUCUUUUCA